AUGUCUUUCCGACCUGCUAUAUCCAGUCACAGUCUCGGACGAGCAUGGGCGCAUGACCUUAUCUCGAAACUUGACCAAGCGGCAAGAGUCGGCCUCGACAUCGAACUCUUCUUCGAAGACCUUGAAUACUUCUCACAUUCCAUACCCGGAGACUCGCCUGCUGAGAGACAACUGCUUGCUGCAAAACGCAUUCGAUCAUUAUGUAACGAGCGAUCAGUAUCAAUCGUGUGCUUGCAGCCAUUCAUGCACUACGAAGGACUCCGAGAUCGCGAGCUUCAUUGCGAGAGGGUCGACGAGUUCAAACACUGGAUCAGACUGGCCAAGAUCCUGGACACACGUAUCAUCUCGGUGCCAUCGACUACCUUGUCAAGAGAAGAAGCCAGCGGAGACAUCGAUCUGAUUGUUGGAGACUUGCGUGAGAUUGCCGACCUGGCUGCAUCCAGCGGUGUCAGUGUCGCGUAUGAGGCACUGGCGUGGGGCACACAUGUCGACACUUGGGAGGCUGCUUGGAAUGUGGUGCAAAAGGUCGACCGACCGAACUUUGGCAUCUGCUUGGACACGUUCAACAUGGCCGCCCGCGUCUAUGCCGACCCCACCGCGCCUUCUCGAAAGACACACAACGCCGAGCAAGCCAUGCGAAAAUCCCUCCAGCGACUUGUCGAGCAGGUUGAUGUCGACAAAGUCUUAUACGUCCAGGUUGUGGACGGUGCAUUGCUUGCAGAGCCUCUGAUCGAAGGGCAUGCAUACUAUCGACAAGAGCAGCCGCCUCGGAUGAGCUGGUCCCGAAACUGCAGGCUCUUCUACGGCGAGGAACCCUUAGGCGGAUAUCUACCGGUGCGAGCCAUCCUCGAUGCCAUCCUCACCGGCCUUGGAUUCAAGGGCUGGGUGAGUGCCGAGCUCUUCAAUGUCAGCUUGACAGAGCACAGUGCAGCGGUGCCCCAAGAACACGCAGAUCGAGCAUGGCAAUCGUUUGAUAGGAUCCGGAACGACUUCACUGCUGCCUCGCAUGUUCAGUCGCCAUGUCGAGAGAUUGCUGAUCAGGUAGCAAGAGCGCAGCUUUGA